AUGGCGACCAUGCCUCCGAGCACCAUGGUGCCCAACAGCCACGUCGGCUUUGACAGCAUCACGACCCAGAUCGAGAAGAAGCUGUUGAAGCGCGGCUUCCAGUUCAACGUCAUCUGCGUCGGCCAGACUGGGCUGGGCAAGUCCACCUUGAUCAACACCAUCUUCGCCUCGCACCUCAUCGACUCCAAGGGUCGCCUGCAGCCCGACGAGCCAAUCCGCUCCACCACCGAGAUCCAGGCCGUUUCCAACAUCAUUGAGGAGAACGGCGUCCGACUGAGGCUUAACAUCGUCGACACCCCCGGCUACGGUGACCUCGUCAACAACGACCGAUGCUGGGAUCCCAUCGUCAAGUACAUAAAGGAUCAGCACUCCGCUUACCUGCGCAAGGAGCUCACGGCCCAGCGCGAGCGCUACAUCCAGGACACUCGCAUCCACUGCUGCCUCUUCUUCAUCCAGCCAUCCGGCCACUCCCUCAAGCCUAUCGAUAUUGUCGUCUUGAAGAAGCUCUCGGAUGUUGUCAACGUCGUGCCCGUCAUCGCCAAGGCUGACACACUCACCGCCGAUGAGCGCCUGGCCUUCAAGGAGCGCAUCAAGGAGGAGUUUGCCUUCCACAACCUCAAGAUGUUCCCCUACGACAAUGAAGAAUUUGACGAGGAGGAGCGUGCCUUGAACGGCAAGAUCAAGAGCCUUGUACCCUUUGCCGUUGUCGGGUCUGAAAAGUCCAUCAUCGUCAACGGCCAGCAAGUCCGUGGCCGCCAAAACAGGUGGGGCGUCAUCAAUGUCGAGGACGAGAACCAUUGCGAAUUCGUCUACCUGCGCAACUUCCUGCUUCGAACCCACCUGCAGGAUCUUAUCGAGACCACGUCGCAGACCCACUAUGAAACCUUCCGCGCGAAACAGCUGCUGGCCCUCAAGGAGAGCAGCGCGCACGGCGGCGGGAGCAGCCGACCCAUUAGCCCCGCUGCUGACCGUGAACUGAGCCGCAGCUCGCAACGAAUGGCCAUGAAUGGCUACUAG